AGAGAGUUCGAAGAUGGCGGCACGCAGGGGUCGGCGGCGCACGUGUGAAACCGGGGAACUCAUGGAGGCCGAGUCCGGCGACGCAGGUUCCGAGGGCACAGCCCAGGUCUACUUGCCCGGCCGGGGACCGCCGCUGCGCGAAGGGGAAGAGCUGGUCAUGGACGAAGAGGCCUAUAUGCUGUACCACAGAGCGCAAACUGGCGCCCCCUGUCUCAGCUUCGACAUAGUCCGUGAUCACCUGGGAGACAACCGGACAGAAUUUCCUGUUACACUUUACCUGUGCGCUGGGACUCAGGCGGAGAGCGCCCAGAGCAACAGGCUGAUGAUGCUUCGGAUGCACAAUCUGCAUGGGACGAAGCCCCCACUCUCAGAGGGCAGUGAUGAAGAUGAGGAGGAGGAGGAAGAUGAAGAGCAGAAGCCUCAGCUGGAGCUGGCCAUGGUGCCCCACUAUGGUGGGAUCAAUCGAGUUCGGGUGUCAUGGCUGGGCGAGGAGCCUGUGGCUGGGGUAUGGUCAGAGAAGGGCCAGGUGGAGGUGUUUGCACUGCAGCGGCUUCUGCAGGUGGUGGAUGACCCCCAGGCCCUGGCAACCUUCCUCCGGGACGAGCAGGCCCGAGUGAAACCCAUAUUCAGCUUCACUGGCCACAUGGGAGAAGGCUUUGCACUUGACUGGUCCUCCCGGGUGCCUGGUCGCCUAUUGACUGGUGACUGUCAGAAGAACAUCCACCUCUGGAUGCCUACGGAUGGCGGCUCCUGGCAUGUGGACCAGCGGCCAUUUGUGGGCCACACACGCUCUGUGGAGGACCUGCAGUGGUCACCAGCUGAGGACACGGUAUUCGCCUCCUGCUCAGCUGAUGCUUCCAUUCGCAUCUGGGACAUCCGGGCAGCCCCCAGCAAGGCCUGCAUGCUUACCACAGCCACCGCCCAUGAUGGGGAUGUCAACGUCAUCAACUGGAGCCACCGGGAGCCCUUCCUGCUCAGUGGCGGUGAUGACGGGGCCCUCAAGGUCUGGGACCUGCGGCAGUUCAAGUCUGGCUCCCCUGUGGCCACCUUCAAGCAACAUGUGGCCCCCGUGACCUCUGUCGAGUGGCACCCCCAGGACAGCGGGGUCUUUGCAGCCUCUGGUGCAGACAACCAGAUCACGCAAUGGGACCUGGCAGUGGAGCGGGAUCCUGAGACGGGUGACGCGGAGACCGACCCUGGGCUGGCAGACCUCCCCCAGCAGCUACUGUUCGUGCACCAGGGUGAAACAGAUCUGAAGGAGUUGCACUGGCACCCCCAGUGCCCUGGGGUUCUAGUCAGCACAGCCCUGUCAGGCUUCACCAUCUUCCGUACCAUCAGUGUCUAAGGCAGUUCCUAGUUACUUCUGGUCUUGCCUUCCACUUGGGAAAUGAGGUUGAAGUUGAUUCCCCUGGAAGGGGUUUAUUCAGGUCUGUUGACUAGCCCCUCCAAAAGCCUUCGUUUGACUGGCCCAUUUGCUGCCACGAUGGAUUCUGUUUGACUUAUUGUUCUUAAAAGGAUUUGGUUUGGUCCAGUGACCCCUCCAGCUAAAGGACUUGGUUUCACCCAUGGCUCUCCAAAACGAUUCCCACCCGAAGACUUGGUUCAGCCCAGUGACCCCCAUCUAUCAGAGAUGGCUGAUAUAGCCUGCGUGUCGGGGGAUUUUUGUCAGCUGUGAUGCCUGGCUUGACCCUUUGACCUCUCUGUCCCAGGACUCACUUUUGGCAGCUGGUCUCCCGCAGGGAACUUGAGGGCUUUACAGUAGCUGUAUGAAAGUUGAGAUGUGAGUUCCUCCAACAGAAUUUCGUUCUGCCCUUGUCUUCCUGCCAAUUGGGUUUGGCCAGGAUUUCCCAGUGGGGGGCCGUAUGGGGUCCCCUCUCCUCCUCCCUGGGCUGGUACUAUGCAGGGAGGAAGGUUAGGGGCUCUUUAGAGGCAAUAAAAAAAAGAAAAGAGUCAAUAAAGGACUAGAAUGAGGA